UGCGGGUCGGACUAUCCAUCACCUUUAACGCUCAACCCGAUGGAGCUGCUUUUAUCACCGUAGACAAUUUGGACUUGGAAUCGGAUGGAAAAUGAGUCCAGUGCAUAAACUGCACUCUGAACGAUCUUAACACUGAGGAACUUUUUCUGUCUCGGGAUUUGUUCUUAUACUUAAACAGUGGCUUGAACGCGGGAACGCAAAAUGAGUAACAUCUACGAGUCUGCUGCCACAACGCUGGGACUCUUCAACAGCCCAUGUCUAACAAAAGUGGAGCUCCGUGUGGCCUGUAAAGGAAUAUCUGACAGAGAUGCUCUGUCCAAGCCUGACCCCUGUGUCGUCCUCAAGAUGCAGUCCCACGGACAGUGGUUUGAGGUGGACCGGACAGAGGUGAUUCGCAGCAGCAUCAGUCCAGUUUUUUCCAAAGUGUUCACCGUGGACUACUAUUUUGAGGAAGUACAGCGCCUCCGUUUUGAGCUUCAUGACAUUAGUAGCAACCAUAAUGGACUCAAAGAGGCUGACUUCCUGGGCGCCAUGGAGUGCACACUCGGACAGAUUGUAUCGCAGAGAAAACUGUCGAAAGCUUUACUGAAGCAAGGAAACACAGCUGGCAAAUCAUCUAUCACAGUCACAGCUGAAGAGCUGUCUGGGAAUGAUGAUUACGUGGAGCUCGCCUUCAGUGCCAAGAAACUGGAUGACAAGGACUUUUUUAGCAAGUCGGAUCCCUUUUUGGAAAUCUUCAGAGUGAAUGAUGAUGGCACAGCAUCGCUGGUGCACAGAACAGAGACCAUUAUGAACAAUCUCAGUCCUGUCUGGAAAUCAUUCAAAGUUUCUUUAAACACACUCUGCAGUGGAGACCAUGACCGGGAGUUAAAGUGUACAGUAUGGGACUGGGAUUCAAAUGGCAAACAUGACUUCAUAGGAGAAUUUCAAACCACCUUCAAGGAGAUGAAGGCAGCCAUGGAUGGAAAGCAGAUCCAGUGGGAGUGUAUUAAUCCUAAGUACCAAGUGAAGAAGAAGAAUUACAGAAAUUCUGGAAUGGUAAUUCUUACCUUGUGCAAGAUCAUAAAGAUGCACUCUUUCCUGGAUUACAUCAUGGGAGGAUGUCAGAUUCAGUUCACAGUGGCGAUUGAUUUCACCGCCUCAAACGGUGACCCUCGAAACAGCUGCUCCCUCCACUACAUCCACCCUUACCAGCCCAAUGAGUACCUCAAAGCGUUGAUCGCUGUUGGGGAGAUCUGCCAGGAUUACGAUAGCGACAAAAUGUUUCCCGCUUUUGGCUUUGGAGCCCAAAUCCCACCAGACUUCAAAGUUUCUCAUGAUUUUGCUGUGAAUUUUGAUGAGGACAACCCAGAAUGUGCUGGUAUACAAGGUGUUGUUGAGGCUUAUCAGAACUGCCUCCCGAAAAUCCAGUUGUACGGUCCCACUAAUAUUGCUCCCAUCAUCCAGAAAGUUGCCAACUCCGCCUCCGAGGAGAUGCACACCAAAGAGGCCAUGGAAUACUUUAUACUACUAAUUCUGACAGAUGGAGUGAUCACAGAUAUGGCGGAUACACGAGAGGCCAUCGUCCACGCCUCCCACCUGCCCAUGUCCGUCAUCAUCGUAGGCAUAGGCAGCGCAGAUUUCAGCGACAUGCAGAUGCUGGAUGGUGAUGAUGGAAUCCUCCGCUCUCCCAAAGGAGAACCCGUCCUGAGGGACAUCGUGCAAUUUGUGCCCUUCCGCAACUUCAAACAUGCCUCUCCUGCGGCGCUGGCUAAAAGCGUGCUGGCUGAGGUUCCCAAUCAAGUGGUGGAUUACUACAAUGGAAAAGGCAUCAAGCCCAAAUGCCUGACGGACUUUGAGUCUUCCAGAGCGUUCAGUCCCUGAGCUACGCACAGCCAUAUUCGUCUCAACUUCAAGAUAUCUUCAUUGAUCAUUUCAGAGCUUGCAGCAUCAUUAUAGGAAUCGACAAGCAGGUCCAUCCUUGUUUUUUUUUUUACUCAGGUUUUUUAAUGGCAUUGGGCAAAAAUGUGCUUAGCUGUCCAUGUUUUCUUCUUACACAGUUGUUAGUUAUAUUAAAGGUGCACUUUAAGUUUUGUUUUCCCCGGCUGAUAUGGCAGUUGUAUUUGACUUAAAGGGAUAGUUCACCCCAAAAUGAAAAUUCUGUCAUUAAUUACUAACCCUCAUGUCAUUCCAAACCAGUUUAUCUUCGGGAACACAAAUGAAGAUAUUUUUUAUUAAAUCCAAGAGCUUUCUGUUUUUGCAUAGACAGCAAUGCAACUACGAAGUUCAGGGCCCAGAAAGGUAGUAAGGACAUCAUUAAAAUAGUCCAUGUGACAACCGUUAAACUAUAAUGUUAUGAAUCUACGAGAAUACUUUUUCUUGUCACCCCAGUUGGCCUGAUGGGGCGCUGCAGCGAACAAAAGUACGAAAUUACUCACCAUCAGUCGCAGACUCAAGUGUCUAUGUCACUGGAAUCCUGGCAAAAAAUUUUUUCCACUUGAUCGGAACCAGACAAGUGCAGAAAGAUUCUCUGGAGAGUGAAUGUCGAUAAUUAUCAAAAAAAGUCACAAAGGGACGCCAAAACGUUCGAAAGGGGUGGGGCCACUUUUCGUAAAAUGCCUAUAACUCCUGAACAGAAUGAGAUAUCUUCACCAAACUCAUAACACUUAUGUAAGAGCUCAAUCUGAGGUCACAGGACAAAAAUCACAGAGCUUGGCCACUUGGUGGUGCUAUAAGAGGGAAAAAACAUUAAAAUGGCUAUACCUGCUCAAUCAUUUGUCCUAUUGGUCAUGAAAAUUGCUGUGCAUGGCCUUGGUCUAAAAUGCCACAAGGUCUAUGAGGACAUUUACGUAUCUCAAAAAAACAUGGGCGCCAUUGCCAGACGAAGAUUGAGCACCUAUUAGACAAGGUUAACAGAGGCUGAUCGAAAUUAAACUCGGUGGGCCUGUAGGACUCAUGGCCCCAAAAGUCUGGGGGGGGGGGCAAUGUCGCAUUUUUCAAGGGCAUAAACAAUUGUACGUUGCACGGUUUUUAACACAUGCACGUGAUAUUCGUGUCAUACGAUAGAACUCCUCAUUCCGGACUUUGCCUCCAGAACCACUGCUGUCAAUCAAAACAUUUGUUAAAUGAUUAAGAUGAUGUAAAAAACCUACUUUGGCAAAAUAGUCUUGUUUUUCACUUAAUCUGCAGUGCAAUUCUAGACUCUCUAGGUCAGUAAUUAUCAAAAAACAUUGAAAUUUAGCCUUUGGGAAGUUAUACCGGGGUUGUUUAGAAAAGGGGCCUGUCCAGAUUUACCCAGAAUCCUACAAAGCCUAAAGGAAAACUCAAAACUUCAAGAAACCUGGUGAG